UCAUAGAUCGAGCUGCAAGUUAGUGAAGUGAGUCGAAGUCGAAGCAUGACCAGCGAUAGAAGCAAUUUUCUUGCUCCAUUUGCGCAUGCCCAGCGGUAUAAAAUGUUUCUUCCUCAUCGAAGUGCGCAUGCUCAACGUUAGAAAUUAUUUUCUUGCUUAGAGUACGCAUGCGCGGUGAUAGAAUUAGCAGGGCCAGCGAAACGCAAGUUAUCUGUGUUUCUCCCUCCGUAUGAUGUGUGAAUUUGAAGGACUUAAAUUAAGCGAGACAUAAGCAUAUGGAAUAAAAUAAAGGUUUUCCAUAUGCUUGUGUCUCGCUUGCUCUAGUUCCUUUACAUUCAAGCUCCUUAGGGAGUAAAAAAGAUGCAUAACCUAUGUUCCAUCGGCACUGGGAAUUAAUUUUCUUGAAGAAAAGGCUCCCUUCGGACACAGAAUACAGGCAUCGGAAAGCAUACUUUUGGGGCAUGUGGUGCAAUCAUUUAUUUUUCCUAAAUAUCGUGUAAAACAAGAUAAUAAAGUUAUACUCAGUUAUACCUUUAUAUUUAUGGUAGUUUCCGUGGAGAAAGCAGGUUUUUGGACAAAUAUAUAAUUAUACUUUCAAUAAUCGCAUUAUUAUCUUGAUGUUAUUGUUAAAGAUAUAAAGUAUGAUUUUUUAUUUACAAAUUUGUAACAUACUGGAAUUAUUUAUUGAAGAACUUUUAUUUUUGGCUGACCUUUUUUUUCUUAUCGCUUAUUACUAAAUUUUUAAAAAGUAGGGGAAUUUUUGAAAAUAUUGAAGGACAGGUCUCUUAGACGAAGAAUACAACACAUUUUUUCAAUAUUAAAAAAUUGCUGAAAAAUCAAGCUAGUAUACGUUGAAUAAUUUAAAAUCUGUGACAUUGAUAAAAUCUGAUACACAAUUAUUAUUUCGAACGCGUCUACUGAAACGACAAGUUCUCAAUUUAACUUUCGGACGACGACUAAAAUUUCCUCGCAGAAGGGUACGCAAAGUUCUCACUCAUCGAAAGCAUAUGACUCAAGGAUAGAGGAAUAAGCAUAAGAGAAGAAAUCGAUAACAAUUUAAAAUUAGGAUUCCAUUAAAAUGUAAACAUGUAAAAUUAGAGUCUAAAUGGCAAAGUCGAUGUUAAAUGAGUGAAAUUAAAAUAAAACAAUUUAGUUAAUAAAAUAUGACAAUCAAUUCCGAACAAUGAUAAUUGCAAUUUUUUAGAUUACAAUUAAAUACAUUUUUCCAGAGACCUGCUUCCCUGCAUGACAACUACAUUAAAAGCUUAGACUACCUAAAUAUGGUUGUAACGUUUUCAAGUUUGAUUGAAAGAACAAUGUAUCUUCUAUUAAAAUGUGCUUGUUUUGUCCAGUAGCUAACAUUUUAUGUGUGGUUUUACUUCAAUAAUUAUUUAACAGCACCUACAUUAUUAUAUAGAGAUCUAGGAAAUGUCAUAUCUAUCAGGAAGAAUACAGGAGAAAAGGUUCACUGAAAUUAUGUUUUUCGAGUUUUUGCACAUCGAUUUAUGGAAAGUUUAUCUAAAUAUACAAAAUAGAAUACGAGGAAUUCAUAUCGAAGGAUGCAGUGUGUUGCCAAAUGGAAGUAGGACAACUUGGGAGACUUGGCAAACGGCUAUGGCCAUAGCAUUACCUAUAUGUUUAAUUUGCGUGAUCGCAAUGACGGUCUACCACGUUCACAUGGCAAGGAAACGACCAGCUAGACAUUUUCCAGAUGAUUCAAUGGAAGCUCCGGAUAGACCAAUUCUCGGAGGUGUAACUAUCAGGGAUAUGUUAGAAAUGACAACAAGUGGCAGUGGUUCUGUAGGCUUACCACUUCUGGUUCAGCGAAGCAUAGCACGUCAAAUCCAAUUGGUUGAGACCAUCGGAAAGGGUAGAUUCGGCGAGGUCUGGCGCGGCCGUUGGCGGGGAGAAAACGUUGCUGUCAAAAUAUUUAGCUCGCGGGAGGAGAGAUCCUGGUUCAGGGAAGCUGAGAUCUACCAAACAGUGAUGCUUCGACAUGACAACAUUCUGGGAUUUAUUGCGGCGGAUAAUAAAGAUAAUGGGACAUGGACGCAGCUUUGGCUUAUAACUGACUACCACGAGAAAGGUUCUCUUUUUGACUACCUCAAUAGGUCAACCGUAGACACGAAUGGUAUGAUUAGAAUGGCUCUGUCGAUAGCCACAGGCUUAUCACAUCUUCACAUGGAGAUAGUAGGUACACAGGGAAAACCAGCAAUUGCCCACAGAGAUCUAAAAUCAAAAAACAUCCUAGUUAAAACCAAUGGAACUUGCGCAAUCGGUGAUCUUGGUCUUGCUGUUAGGCAUGAUGUUAUCACCGAUACUGUGGAUAUACAACUAAACAACCGAGUAGGAACAAAACGUUAUAUGGCGCCAGAGGUUCUUGAAGAGACAAUAAACAUGAAUCACUUCGACUCUUUUAAGAGAGCUGACGUUUAUGCUCUCGGCUUAAUUCUAUGGGAAAUCGCAAGAAGAUGUAAUGUUGGAGGCAUUCACGAUGACUAUCAGCUUCCAUUUUACGAUUUAGUGCCCUGCGAUCCAACAAUAGAAGAAAUGCGCAAGGUCGUUUGCAACGAUAGGCAAAGACCGUCAAUACCAAAUCGAUGGCAAUCGAUUGACGCCCUUCAAGUGAUGUCGAAGGUCAUGAAGGAGUGCUGGUAUCAGAAUGCUGCUGCAAGGUUAACUGCCUUAAGAAUAAAAAAAUCUCUUGCUAAUUAUGGGGCAGUAGAAGACCUUAAGUGUUAAAGACAGUAGACGUGCAGAGGUUUUUGUUAUAAAGUACUUCCCUCCUUUUUUCGAUAAUCGACAUACAGAAGGCAAGCAAGAAUCAUUGGGACGAAGAUACACGAUGUACUGGCAGGAAGAUUGAAGAAAAAUAGCAAAUAGAAAAGACUGGCCGAAGAAACACAUCUCUUUUCCUGCAACGUCAUUUUUUACAUGUAUCUUCAAAAAUAUAUUUCACAUUCCCAAAACUUA